AUCUGUAUUUUGCUUGCAAAAAUUUAAGCAAUUUUUAAAUUAGUUUUCCAUUUCGUACAAAUAAAAUAAGCAGAUUUGUGUAAUGUAUAUUAUACAAUAUUUAGUAAACGUAUGAUAAUUGAUAUAUAUAUCUACUUAGUACUAACAUAAUUGGAUAACACCAUGCUUAGGCGAAUUUCUAGAAUUGGUUACAAUACUUCUAUACAAAAGGAAUUUAUAAGACAAAAAAUUGUUAGCCCGGCUUCACUUUUAAAUCCUGCAGAUAAAUUAAAACUAUAUAACAAGGAAAAUAAAGAACUAUUUGGUCCCUUGUUGGAAACGAAUAAGCAAAAGAAAAGUAGAUUGAAAAAAGAAGCUAAAAAUAGCACACAUCAAAACAGAGCAAAAGUUCAGAGUGACAGUGUAGAAAAGUUUUGCCACUCAGCAGCAAGAAGUCUUUUUAGCAGUGUGAGUUCAUUAAUUGCACCAGUCUACAAUUCAUCUGUGUUUCCAAUUAUAAAUAAAAACAAGAUGUACCAGAAUACAAGAAAUUUAUUGAAUGCUACUGGUGUAGUGUAUAACAUUGCUGUGAGAAACAUAAAAACUUCAUCUGUUGCAAAUGCAACUAAAAGUUUUCCUGCUGAACCAGGAUUUGCUAGUGAGGACAAAAUUCUUCAAAUUAGACAACAUCAAAAUGAUUAUACUAAACAAUUCCCAUCUGUUACAUUAAUUCUUAACAAAACAAUGACAGAGGAGUCAAGAAAAGCAUUAGAAAAAUGGAAGAAGGAAAGGAUUGAAGAAAUGGGUCUAGAGGAGUUUAAUAGGUAUAAUGAAGCACAAAUGGCAGUUGGUACAAAGUUCCACAGUACAAUAAAGAACUAUUUUACUCAGCCGCAAACACAAUUACGAAUUGAAAAAGAUGUAGAAGGGGUUUGGGUGUCUGUAGCCGAGGUAUUGAAACAUAUAUCUUCACCUAAGGCAAUAGAAUCCAAUGUUGUACAUCCUGUACUGAAAUAUAGAGGGGUGUUUGAUGCCAUUGCUGAUUAUGAAGAUAAGCCAACACUAAUUGAAUGGAAGAAAUCGGACAAGCCUCGGAAAUCCAUAGCCCUAACUUAUGACAAUCCUGUCCAACUAGCGGCUUACUUUGGAGCUGUGUGCAAUGACCUAAACUACAAACAUUUGAAUGUACGAGAUGCUUUGUUGGUCAUAGCCUACACCGAUGGUUCUAAAGCAGAUUUUUAUCAUUUACACACAGAUAAAUUAAGAGAACACUGGGCACAAUGGUUGAUAAGAUUAGAAGAAUAUAUGAAGAAAUUUAAUAAUGAACCUGAGAAACAAUUGAAGGGUGGGAAACGCCUGUUUGAGACGGAGAUUGGGAAUCUCUAAAGAGUGGGAAUACCAGGAGAAUCGUUAUUAUGUAUGAUUCGGCCAUCUUAUGAGUCUCAGAGCUAAAUCUCUAUCACAAUAUAACCAGAAUAAUAAUCUGUUCAAAUAUGUGACGAUAAUAUUAUAUGAAGUUCAUUUAAUUUUGUU